AUGCCCCCGAAAUGCCCAACUUGGGAUCCAAUCACGAGCGGCCGGAAGUUGCCAAAAGGGAUAGGCUCGGAGGGUGCUAUCGCAAGGCCGCCACCCACUCUGACACAUACUCAGACGACCCAUGAUGGACUGGCGGACGGUGCUGUAGGUGGCCCUGUCGCGGCGGACGGGGCGCCUAUCAGAAAACGGGGAUUGGCAGUGGUGGAGACGGCAGCUACCAAACGAAAAACAGACGCUGAAACCGCGACAGGUCGCCAAUCACGAGGGAACAACGAAUCGCAUACGGGCAUGUCAGCAAGCAGCCGUGUUGAGGAAAAAUAUCCGGCGAUGCUGCGGCGUGGAUCAUACCCUCCCGGCACGACGAAAAGAAAGUUGGUGGUAUACGGUGAUAUCCGUUUCUCGCCGGAAGUGGAUGGGAUGGCUCAUCAGCCAACAGCAUCAUCGGUUGGGCGAUCCACUUGCUGCGAUGGCUGCAUGCCACGUCGAACAGGAGACUCCGUCCCCAGCCACCGGGACCACCCGAUUGACCUGCCCAUCAAUACUGUUGCUAGUGCUACUUUGGGAGCGAACAAAGACUCCCCUGACAAAUUCCAAGAGCUCAAAGGUGUGAGAAGACGAGGGAAAGAGGGAUGA